UAAAGAGUUGACUUGCAGUGACCUCAUCUCUCCAGCAGCUGCAGCGCGACGGAGGCUGUCAAGCAACUUUGUGUAUGAACUUCGAAGUUUUGAACGAUCUCAAAAGGAAGGAGAAACUGGAGUAAGGGGAACAACGGAUAAGAAAAGACAAUACUAUUUUGACGUUGUCGUGGUGAAAAUCUAGAGACUCGACGCUCACUUUGUGGCCAAACAUUGUGAUAGAGGUUUUCCUGGAAUCUGUGUCUCUCAGAGAACGGCGGAGGUGGAGAGAGGAAAGAUUAUCCUGAGAUUGACGGACAGGACAGGACAGGACAGGACAGGAGCCUAGUUCACCAGAGACCGAAGCAGCAUACAGACCUGAGGAGGAGCAACACUAGCAACAACCUUCUGUCUGCCCUCCCUUUCUCUCUCCCUCCUCCAGUCCUCCCAGCCACCCAUAUGCUCUGUGAGGCUCUCUAUCCUCUCCUCACCCUGGGCAUAAUGCUCCAUCUCUACUGCUGAGCUCUCCCUUACUCCACCUUACCCCCUAACCUUACCCCACCAUGACCAGUCUGAAGCGGUCUCAGACGGAGCGUUCGGUGGGCGGCUCGGUACCUGCCUCUGAUGAAUUCUACACCCGUCGCCUGCGCCUCCCCAAUGGUGGCGCCCCCCCACCUCGCUCUGAGAGCACCCACCUCACCUCCUCUUCCUCAUCCGGCUCCUCUUCCUCCUCCACCCCGGGGGUUCCCAAGAUGGGGGUCAGGGCCCGCGUGGCGGACUGGCCCCCCAAACGGGAUGGAACGGGCGGGGUGUGGCACAUCACCGUAGAUACGGACUCCCCGAGUUCCACCAUGUCAUCUUCAGGUGGCGGAGAAUGUGGGUCAGGCGGGUCGGCCGGGGAACGCGGGUUGGCCGGGGAACGCGGGUUGGCCGGGGAACGCGGGUCGACCGGGGAACGCGGGUCGGCCGGGGAACGCGGGUCGGCCGGGAGCGGAGAAAGAGAACGGAGCUCGGGUUCAGGCUCGGCGACCACGGCCCAUAGCAGCAUGUCAGCUAAACUGGGCCACCUGAUCAGCCCUCAGGACUCGUCGAUGCUCCGGAACAUCCACAACACCCUGAAGAGCAAGAUGCACCACGGCAGACAUCACAGCAAAGACAACCGCUACCUGUCGCCAGACGGCUACCAGGGCUCGCCGCGUAAAGGCAUGCGUCGUAUCCGCCAGCGAUCCAACAGUGACAUCACUAUCUCUGAGUUAGAGGGUGACGGGGGCGAGGGCUGGUCCUUCUCUGGCUGGACGCCCAUGCACCGAGAGUACGGCAGCACCUCUUCCAUAGACAAACAUGCAGGCUCAGGGGAGAGCUUCUUCGAUAUGCUCAAGGGCUAUACGUCCCAGGAGGCUCCUGAUCAACGCAGCCCGGCGCCGGACAGACUUGGUGAGCUGCUGACGGUGGCCCCGCACAAACAGGCUGCCCUGGAUCUACCUGAUGGACCCCUGGGUCCUACCAGAGGUAGCCCCGCCAGUCGCCUGAAGGAAAGAGAGAAACACCUGAAGAGGAGGUCCAAGUCAGAGACUGGAGGGGAGUCCAUCUUCAGGAAGCUCCGCAGUGUCAAGGCCGAGGGUGACUCGUCCCGGGCUGGGUCUGACGUGGAGGAUGGGGGGCGGGAGGACGUCAUCGGACCCCCUCCAAAACCCUGGUCUUGUCAGAAAGGCUUUGCUCACUUUGACGUGCAGAGUAUCCUCUUCGACCUCAACGAGGCUAUCCAGGGUCGACAGUCCGGCGGGAAACGCAAGAACACCACCACGGGCGCCUCCGCUGCGGCCGCCGCCUCGGCCUCCGCCACUUCCUCGCUCUCGUCUAAUCAGAGUGGGGUAUGCGGCGGGGGCGGGUCUCCGUGCGGGUCCCAGGAAGAGCUGAGUGGGAAGGAGGGGGGCACGGGACAGGGUGGGACUCACACCACUAACCCUGCCCUAGACCCUGGUGAUGAGAAGAGCAACGAUCUGGUGCUGAACUGCCCUUGUUUCAGGAAUGAACUGGGAGGAGAGGGAGAGAGGAACAUUGGCCUCUCUAAACGGCAGGGUAGUAUAGGCAGUGGGGGCAGCUCCAGUGGCUCUGUGGGGGGAAGUGGUUCAGAGGAGGGGCCCCUGGAGACCUCUCUCCCCCACUUCACCAACGCCGGGGUGUCCGUGCUGGAGGCCCCUAAAGACGGACAGGGACAGCAUGCUGAUAGGGCCAAACGAUCUGUGGAGCACUGCGACCUGGGGUCUUAUUACUACAGGAAAUACUUCUAUCUGAGAGAGCAUUGGAACUACCUGGGUGUGGAUGAGACUCUGGGUCCAGUAGCAGUGAGUUUGAGGAGAGAGAAGCUGGAGGAACACAAGGAGCAUGGACAGCAGUAUAACUACAGAGUCAUCUUCAGAACCAGCGAGCUCACCACCCUGCGUGGGUCUAUCCUGGAGGAUGCGGUUCCGUCCACCUCGAAGCACGGCCUGGCGCGGGGUCUACCCCUCAAAGAGGUGCUAGAUUACCUGGUUCCAGAGCUGAACGCCCACUGUCUCAGACUGGCUCUCAACACACCUAAAGUCACAGAGCAGCUGAUGAAGCUGGACGAACAGGGGUUGAGUUUCCAGUUGAAGGUGGGGGUGAUGUACUGUGCGUCAGGACAGAGCAGUGAAGAGGAUAUGUAUAAUAAUGAUUCAGCGGGUCCUGCUCUGGAGGAGUUCCUACAGCUGCUGGGGGAGAGGGUCCGACUGAAGGGAUUCACCAAGUACCGAGCGCAGCUGGACACUAAGACUGACUCCACAGGGACCCACUCGCUGUACACCACCUAUAAGGACUAUGAGGUGAUGUUUCAUGUCUCCACCAUGCUGCCCUACACACCCAACAACAAACAACAGCUCCUGAGGAAGCGUCACAUAGGGAACGACAUAGUGACCAUCGUGUUCCAGGAGCCGGGGGCUCAACCCUUCACCCCCAAGAACAUACGAUCACACUUUCAACACGUGUUUGUAGUGGUGAGAGCACACCAACCCUGCUCUGACAACACCUCCUAUAGCGUGGCGGUCACUCGUUCUCGUGACGUACCGUCCUUCGGCCCUCCCAUCCCAGAGGACGUGUCCUUCCCAAAGUCCUCCGUGUUCCGGGACUUCCUAUUGGCCAAGAUCAUCAACGCAGAGAACGCCGCCCACAAAUCGCACAAGUUUCGCGCCAUGGCGACGCGAACACGUCAGGAGUACCUCAGAGACCUGGCAGAGCGCCACACCACGUCGACCCCCAUCGACCCGUCCGGGAAAUUCCCCUUCAUCUCAUUGGCUCACAAGAGGAAGGAGAAGAGCCGGCCGUACACGGGAGCGGAGCUUCGGAGCCUCGGCGCCGUCACGUGGGCGGUCCACGCCGAGGAUCAUGGGGCGGGAGGAGAGCUCGAAGCGCUAUUGGCUAUCUCCAACGACUUCCUCAUCCUAUUGGAUCAGGAGGCCAAGGCCGUGGUGUUUAACUGUGCUACUAAGGACGUGAUUGGCUGGACGCUGGGGAGUCCCGCCUCCAUGAGGAUCUUCUAUGAGAGAGGGGAGAGUGUGUCUCUGAGGUCUGUUAGUAACAACACAGAGGACUUCAGAGAGGUGGUGAAACGACUGGAGUACCUGACUAAGGGUUGUGAGACAUCUGAGAUGACGCUACGUCGUAACGGGCUGGGCCAGCUGGGUUUCCAUGUCAACUACGAGGGCAUCGUGGCAGAGGUGGAGUCGUACGGGUACGCCUGGCAGGCGGGGCUGAGGCAGGGCAGCCGAUUGGUCGAAAUCUGCAAGGUUUCCGUUGCGACACUGACCCACGAACAGAUGAUUGACCUGCUGAGGACGUCGGUCACCGUCAGGGUAGUCAUCAUCCCUCCACACGAAGACGCUACCCCACGCAGAGGUUGCUCUGAGCUCUACCGUAUGCCAGUGGUUGAGUAUAAGGGGAGUGGUGAGAGUGGUUCGUUUGACUACAAGUUCCCGUUCCGCAACAAAGACAACAAGUGGCAGAGAACCUCCAGUAGCCCCCAGCAGUCCCUGACGGCCUCCCCCCAGCCGCACACCCCCAACCGGGCCGUCAGCCUGGGGAGCUCUGGAGGGAAGACCCUGUCUGCUGAACGCCCAGAGAGAAACGCAGCUAUACCACGCAGUGUUAGUAGUGAUGGACGGCCACUGGAUACCAAGAGAAUGUCUCCGGGGAGUGAGAACUAUGCGGUAACCUCCUCUCUGGCUCUGGGCCGUUCUCCUCACAACCGCUCUUCCCCCUCCAACCUCUCCUGCUCCACUGACACCUCGCAGCACUGGAGGACUCAGAAGUCUAUGCCUGAGGGGUUCGGAGAACGCAGACAACACUCUCCUUUAUCUACGGAGCGACAGGUGGUGGGAGAAGGCGGGGCUAGCGGCAAAUCCACACCUAAUUGGCCGAGAGUAGAGGAAGGGGGUGGGUCCGAAAGAGGUUCUACAGAUUCUCCUGUGUCUAAGUCUGGUCCUGGUUACUCCGGAGCUCCACGCAUCCAGAGGCAGGAGCAGGUCAUCCACCACUCCCCCAAGAAGAGCUCCCAGCAGCCCGAGGGUCCCUACUCCAGCAGUAACACCCUUUCCAGCACGGCCUCCAGCGGAGGCCACAGCGACCCCGACAAGUGGUCCGACCUGGGGGCCCCCGGAGCACCAGGGGAGGCCACUGACUCUGAACCCAACGGCCUGGGAGGGGGGUACCUCCAGGGGGCCUCGGCCGACAGCGGGAUAGACACCUCGUCUUACGGAGGGGGAGGGGGCCACUCACACCCCCACCACGGGAGUUCUAGUUGCCUCUUGGCUCCUGGGGGUAGAGAGGGGAGGGAUAGAGCUCCAUCCCCCAGACAUAGCCCCACUGAGGGGGACAGGAGGGUGCUAGAGAGGUCCACGCCAGCCGCGGAGUCCCCACAACCCCCAGUGGAGAGGGGGGAGAGAGGAGAGGGGACGGCUAGGACUCCUCCUACACACCUAUUGGUUAGAGAUUGCAGCUUGUACAGUCUGAGUGAUGCUGGGUCACACUCCAGCUCCAGAGGCCAUUCUGGCCACAGUUCCCCCCGUGAAGAGUCCUCUUCCUCUGCCACCUCCCCCUGCUCCCAGACGUCGGUCUCCGCCGGCCCCAAGACCUUCUACCCCCGCCAGGGAGCCACCUCCAAGUACCUCAUCGGCUGGAGAAAGCCAGGUUCCACCAUCAACUCUGUUGACUUCGGAGACAACCGCAGGAAGUCCCCAGGGGAAGGAGGAGGAGGAGGAAGUGGAGGAGAGGGGGGUGGAGGAGGGGGUCAGGGUGGGGUCGGUGUUCAGAGCAGACCCCAUCACUCCCCCCAGCCACACCUCACCCACGCUAAGACCACUGCAGAGGAUGAUAUGAAGAGACUGAGUCCAGACAGCCCCCUGAAACACAGACGGCACAAGGUUAAAGACAAGUCGUCCUCAGGCCAGCCCCCUACCCGUCGAUCACUCCACCGGACCCUGUCUGAUGAGAGUAUCUACCGGGGCCAGCGUGUCCCUUCUCUGAGGCUGGGGGACCUAGAACCAGACCCCAGCCUGGCUAGUGACGUGUUGUUCAGCUGCUCCACGUUGCCACGCUCUCCCACCACCCGCGGGGUGCCCCUCAGACGACCAUCGUACAAACUGGGGAUCAAACUCCAUGGUGACCUGUCUGCGUCUGACACGUCAUUGGCUGAGAUGGUUGAGCGUCAGCGCCACCCCCUGCCCCAGGAGCUGAUGCCCCUCCCCCCCUCUGAGAGCAGGGACAACCCCCUGGACUGGACCCAUCUGGUGGAUGUGGCCAGCACCUUUGAGAUCCAGAGAGGGUUUGUGUUCAGUGAUUCUAACCCCAGAGGUAGUGGAGCCUCCAGCCCUCACCAGACACAGCCCAGCCUGGAGAUACAGCUUGGUCCUCUACCCAGACCCUCAUCUAGUGAGGGUCCUGCAGGUUUGGAGAGGAAGUUGACAAAGCUGGAAGCCAUGGUUAGGAUGCUGCAGGAUGACCUGAAGAAGGAGCGUGAGGAGAAGCAGCGUCUCCAUCUACAGAUCAAGAUGCUAUGGGAAGAUAACCAGCGGCUGCAGGAGGAGUCCCAGAGCUCUGCUGCCAAACUCAAGAAGUUCACGGAGUGGGUUUUCAACACCAUCGACAUGAACUGAGACAGAGAGAGAGGAGAGGGGAGGAAGAGGAGGAGGAAGUGAUGAAAGGAAGCGGGAGAAGAGGAGGAGAGAGAGAGGAGGAGGAGAGGGAGAAGAGGAAGAGAGUGAGAAGAGGAAGAGAGAAAGUGAUUGUCCUCGACUCUAGCCAAACAAAGGGACCAGUGCCAACCACCCCAAAACCAUUUCCCCUUCUCCCUGGAACUCGGUGAAGGAUGUAUUCCAACCCCCAUGUCUCCUUCGUACCCUCGGUGAAGGAUGUAUUCCAACCCCCAUGUCUCCUUCGUACCCUCGGUGAAGGAUGUAUUCCAACCCCCAUGUCUCCUUCUUACCCUCGGUGAAGGAUGUAUUCCAACCCCCAUGUCUCCUUCUUACCCUCGGUGAAGGAUGUAUUCCAACCCCCAUGUCUCCUUCUUACCCUCGGUGAAGGAUGUAUUCCAACCCCCAUGUCUCCUUCUUACCCUCGGUGAAGGAUGUAUUCCAACCCCCAUGUCUCCUUCUUACCCUCGGUGAAGGAUGUAUUCCAACCCCCAUGUCUCCUUCUUACCCUCGGUGAAGGAUGUAUUCCAACCCCCAUGUCUCCUUCUUACCCUCGGUCUUCAGUAAAGUUCCCUUCUCACACUCAGGACCAGAGCCUAGAAGGACAAUGUUCUUAUGUUAAAUAAUACUGUGCUCACACACUGGCUGAGGAGGUGUGUAUUUGUGAUGUGGUUUCAGUACUGCUGGAGCUCAGAAGACUUGAGCGUUCCCCCCUCGUCUCCUCCCACAAUGUCUGAGCUGACUUCACUCUGGGAGUGGUAGGAAGACAGAGAGAGAGUUAUGUUUACCCAGAUAGCCUCAGUGUCUGUACAGUACAUCUCUUCAGCUGAGGCCUCAGAACAUAGACCACACUAACUGUAACAGCCCCUGUGGAAACUGGAAUCGCUCCUCUCUCUUCCCUCUCUCCUUCUCUUCCCUCUCUCCUUCUCUCCCUCCCUCUCCCUCUCCUUUUCUCCUCCCUCUCCUUCUCUCCUCCUCUCUUCCCUCUCCCUCUCUCCUCCUUCUCUCUUCCCUCUCCCUCUCUCCUCCUUCUCUCCUCCCUCUCUCCUCCUUCUCUCCUCCUCCUCUCCAAACCCUGAUGCUACUUCUGUCUACAACUAUCCCAAUAGACAGACAGACAGACAGACAGACAGACAGACAGACAGACAGACAGUGGAGGGAAUAGACAGACAGCCCUGCCUGCUGUUUUCUGUCCAAUCACAUUCCUCUACUUACAAGGGAACUAAACAUAGAGAUCAUCACCUUCAACCCGUUUCUAUUGGACCAACCAAGUAGAGAGAUUGAAGAGCCAGCGAUCCAGGUACCUACUGGGUUAACUGGGUGUCUAUGGAAUACUGGACAUUCUGACUAAGGGAUUGUAUCUGUACUGCUGUGGACCAGGGCAUUGACAAGCAUGUGUUUCCAGAGAACUUUCCAAGAGUCUGGAAAAAUAGGUCUUUUGUCAGUUGGAGUUUUGUUGGACUUUUCUCCCACCAUAUUGCCCUCCGACUAGUGUCAUUGACUAGUAAUGUGUUACGUCCGAGCCCCGAUACCUAGCACUCCAAGCUACCCCCCAACCACACACACAUUCUGACCCCCCCAAACCACAUCUGACCCCCCCAAACCACAUUCUGACCCCCCCAAACCACAUCUGACCCCCAAAACUACACUCU